AAUGCGGAAGCAGCAGGUAGCCAUGAGCGCCGCCGAAGAGGCCAGGAUUUGGGCGUUUUACCGUUCAUCCCUGGAGAUGAGCAAACAGCUUGAAGAGGAAAUUGCUCAGUGCAAAGCCGAGCUGCGCGCAGCAUCGUCCCUCGUGCCAUUUACCCCGUCCCCGCCGCCGAAGAGCGACGCCGUGCAACGCAGCCAGCAAAGUGACCUGAGCAUCUGGGGCUUCCCACUGCAGGGGAAUUGCACCAUGCUGCGCAGUCCAGAGGUGAAGGCUGGCCCAGAAAUUUGUUGGGGGGGGGCAAUGAGGACAGCAGAGCUCCAGCCUGAGGCCUACGGGGAGGCCUCAGCUGUGGAGCUCCCACCUGAGGUCAACAUGGCGACCUCAGAUCGACAGCUUGAGGUGGCUGAGGAGGCCGUCCCGCUGCCCUGCCCGGCCGAGGAGGCCGUCCUGCUGUCCAGCCCGGCCGAGGAGGCCGUCCCGCUGCCCUGCCCGGCCGAGGAGGCCGCCCAGCCCUCCAGUCCCGCUGGGGACGCCGCCCAGCGUUUCAAUUCCAGUGCUGCCAGAGGCGGCCCCCUGUGUUCCAGAGCCGCCGGGGGUGGCGCCCUGCGUUCCACAGCCACAGGGAGCGGUGCCCUGCGUUCCACUUCCAGUGCCGCCAGGGGCGGUGCUCCGACUUUCAACCCCGGUGGGGGGGUUGCUCCGCCCCUCUGCUGCCCAACUGAGGCUGCCUCGCUUUCCGUGGCAGCGAGAGACAACUUGCACAGGGGCCCGGGACCCCCUUUGGAGGGGGGUUCUGUUACGCCACGGCCAGCAGAUGGCACUGCGGCACGGCUUCUGACUGGUCACGUGACUCUUUUGUUUUCGUUCGCUUCCCGCUUGGACAUUGAAUUAAGUUUGAUCAUGUCUCUGAUUUGCCCCAGGUGUCCAUGUUUUGGUUUGAGUAUGUUUGCUAUUUAAACCCCUCAUGUGACUGCGCACUUCGCGCAGUAUUAUAGUUGGGAUAGUUUGUACCAAACGUCUGAUGCGGUUCCCGUUUAUGUUUGAUUACGACAGUGAAUGCGUUAGCAUGUUAAGCGGUCUGGUUCCAUGCCCUGCUCUAGUUUCAAGCCACGAUACCAGUUUCUUGUUUUCCUGGUGAAGACAGUGUUUCCUGUGUUUGUCUACUGUUAAUAAAGACUUUGACCUGCACCUGCAUCCGCCUCCAGUCUACGUUACGUAACAGUUAUGCUAUAUACGUUUAUAGGUUCAUAGGCAAAAAAAAAAAAACAGAAAAUAACUUGUUUCCUAGAUGAUCCAAAACAUUAAAUGUAACACUAAAUGGAUAAAAAGUCAUUCAUUAAUCAAUCAAAACGUGUACCUGAUGACAAAUUUCUUUUCUUUUUUUUUUUUGGUCUGUAAAUAUACACACCUGAUCAUUCAAUGCUCUGUACACAAAAAUGCUGUAUUUCUAUUCCAUUCAAUUAUUUUUAGAUCGCAUUUCUUAAGGUUUGAUUGAGAAGGUUAUCUUGUGAUGGUGUGUCACUUGUGGUGGCUUAGCAUUUAAGGUUCUGGGUUACUGAUCAGAAGGUCAGGAGGUUCAAGCCCCAGCACUGCUAAGCUGCCACUGUUGGGCCCUUGAGCAAGGCCCUUAACCCUCUCUGCUCCAGGGGUGCUGUAUCAUGUCCGACCCUGCACUCUGACCCCAGCUUCCUGACAGGCUGGGGUAUGCAAAGAAAAGAAUUUCACUAUGUUCUACUGUAUAUGUGACCGAUAAAGACUCAUUAUCAUUAUAACUGGAAUCUGUUCUCAGGUCCGAGUAUGUGGAGGGUGAACAGAGGAGGCCUGGUUUCUCGGAGAGCCGUGUCCGUGCGCAAACUCUGGGCUGCUCUGCCCACAUCUCUGCCCCCGCUGAGGGCCGUACUGGAGAGGCAAGAGGAUCACGCCAUCAUCUUCAUCAGUGGUUCUCAGUUCUGGCUGUUUAAGGAUCUGUCUCUGCAGAAUGGUUUCCCGCAGCCGCUGUUUGCUCUGAAUCCCGCAGACCUGGAUGGAGAGAAACACGGUGUGCACUGGGAC